CUCACGAACCGCUUGAACCGAACCACCACUUACUCAACGCGACCGGUCGAUGACCAUAUCAUGAUUGCAAUCAUAUAUAAAGGUGGCAACAAACCAUUGCUUCUGUAUACCUCCCCCUCGACAGAAUGGCAUCUUCUUCAGUUUCUCAAGGCAGAGUAGCGCUUGUCACGGGAGCUGGACAGGGCAUUGGACGUGCUAUUGCACUUCGAUUGGCUUCGGACGGAUUUGACGUCGCACUCAAUGAUCUCCAAGCGAACGAAGAGAAUCUCGUGUCUGUGCUGGCUGUUGUAGAGGCUAAUGGUCGCAAGGGCUGCUACAUCUUUGCCGACAUCUCGCAGGAAGCUCAGGUUGAAGAGAUGAUAUCUCAAGUCGUUGGAAAACUAGGCGGGCUUGACGUGAUGGUCUGCAACGCUGGGAUAUCCAUCAUGAAGUCGUUUUUCGACACUACUGUUGAGGACUUUGAUCGCAUAACCUCUGUAAACCUGCGUGGUACAUUCUUGUGUUACAAGCACGCCGGAAAACAGAUGGUGGCCCAAGGAAGAGGUGGGAGAAUCAUCGGUGCGUGUUCCGGAACCGGGAAGAAAGGUCAACCUUUGUUUAGUGCAUAUGCGGCCAGCAAAUUCGGUAUACGAGGACUAACCCAAGUCGCGGCUUUGGAGCUCGGUCCUCAUGGAAUCUCCGUCAACGCUUUUGCCCCAGGGCCAGUGAAGACACCUAUGUAUGAUCAUUUUGAAACCGUUAUCGGCGCACCCAAGGGAACCCUUGAACAAGAGCUUAAUAAAACAGCGGCUUUAGGUCGCAUCGCCUUGCCCGAGGAUAUUGCAGUUGUAGUAUCCUUCCUUGCGUCGAGGGAGGCUAGCCUCAUCACUGGACAGACAAUCAGUGUCGAUGGCGGUAUUGUAUUCGAUUGAUAGUUGCGUGGAUUCACCCUACGUUUCCUUUGUUAGCUUGAUAUGUCAUUCAUUGUUCUUGCUGUUUGUCAAAGGUUCUGUACUUCAUGCUCUUAUGUCAGCUCCUCAUUCUGCUAGUGGAGAUUGUGGAGUGUCGUACGAGUAGCAUUGUUCAAGUCACAUCGUGACCUUGGCGCUGUCGUGUCAUCGGGGCGCACAGUGUGUCGUCUGCCACUGAGUUUCAAGGGGCUUAUGAACUCAGUAUGUGUUUCUAAUGGUUUUCAAAAGGUGUGAAAGACAACAUGAGGCAUUGCCCAUUUGACUUGAAAUACUGGACACGGGUAUCGGCUCUAUCCAAUAGCCGCUAUUCAUUCGAUAUUCAAGGAGAGUAGUCUACAGUCAUUAUCUGAAUUAUCAUGAAAUCAUGAC